CUGCUUGGUGGUGAUGACCCUUGCGAUUCGGACGGCCAAGAUUCCCGCAUGGGUGAACAGUGUCCUGAUCACACCAGUAUGUUUCCAUUUACCAACGCCGACAUAAAGUACGUAGCAUCCUCAGAAAAAGGUGCUUUGAGUGGUCUGGACGCGCGGGACAUAAUGCUUCUGGAUAAGGGUCCAUCUCGACCAACUACACUGUCGCGUCAUUCGCCGUUGAAUGUAAUUAGCACUGGUGAUCCAGAGAGAGCCGCUGACGAACAUCAAAAUGGCACCUCCUCUUCAGAGCAGUCCCCGGGUUCUGAGACACCGUCCACGUCUUCUGAACAGGUACUGGACUCGAAGAAUCCACCAGUCCAAUAUAUACCAUCAUCCGAGAUUGACCAUCAUCAGCUGCUUGGUGGUGAUGACCCUUGCGAUUCGGACGGCCAAGAUUCCCGCAUGGGUGAACAGUGUCCUGAUCACACCAGUAUGUUUCCAUUUACCAACGCCGACAUAAAGUACGUAGCAUCCUCAGAAAAAGGUGCUUUGAGUGGUCUGGACGCGCGGGACAUAAUGCUUCUGGAUAAGGGUCCAUCUCGACCAACUACACUGUCGCGUCAUUCGCCGUUGAAUGUAAUUAGCACUGGUGAUCCAGAGAGAGCCGCUGACGAACAUCAAAAUGGCACCUCCUCUUCAGAGCAGUCCCCGGGUUCUGAGACACCGUCCACGUCUUCUGAACAGGUACUGGACUCGAAGAAUCCACCAGUCCAAUAUAUACCAUCAUCCGAGAUUGACCAUCAUCAGCUGCAGUUCAUAGGAUCGGGAGCGUUCGGCACAGUCUAUCGUACUCUGUGGCGUGAUCAAGUGGUCGCCUUAAAGAUUCUCAAUCUACCUUCCGGCAAGAUUGACCGAGAAGCUUCGCACCUCUGUCGGUUGGCUCAUCCCAAUGUGGUCCGGUUUUUUGGGGUUUGCGAGCUAGGACUACAUGAUUCACCCGCUCUGGUGAUGGAGUUCGCUCAUGGCGGGCCACUUAAUCGGGUUCUUGCUACUCACCCUAUCCUCGGUCCUUCAACACUUCUCAACUGGGCCAUUCAGGUAGCCACUGGAAUGGCUUAUUUACACUCGGAUGCUCAUUUGGUACAUCGGGAUCUGAAAUCAUCAAACAUCCUCAUUCGGGAACCUCUGGCGAAACCGUAUGGGGAGAGUGAUCUGCGCAAUUGUACACUCAUCAUCACCGAUUUCGGUAUGGCCUGUCGAUCGAGUGAGUUGGUCUCGCAGCAAUCCAAACUGGGUACAGUGGCCUACGCAGCACCGGAAGUGUGCCGUCAGAGCAAUUUUUCCUUUCACUCCGAUGUCUGGUCCUACGGUGUUGUGCUGUGGGAGUUACUCACUCUGGAAACGCCAUUCCGACAUUUCGAACAGCCCCGACUGCUAUUCAUCAUCGGAAUGUACAACUACACACUUCACAUUCCUGACGAUGUCCCCGAACUGUUUAGUGAUUUGCUUUCCGACUGUUGGUCCGCAACGCCGAUGGAUAGACCGAAGUUUGAAGAAAUAAUCGCUCGUCUUCAAUGCUCCACUUACUGCGAAUUCCUUAGCAUGGACGCUGAGGAGCUAGCUCGUGUUCAAUCCGGUUGGCGUAAUGCGAUUGCAGCCUAUCAUCAAGAAGAGCAGGAAGCUGCUGCGGCCACCCUCUCGUCUAGCAUUACGGAUGUCAGUCAGCAUACUUCCAUGGUGGAUGACGAUCUGACGGUAGAGAAGGAAUUACUUCAACAUGGUUGGGAAUCAUUGGAUCAGCAGUGGCAAGAGCUUGUGGCCAGGCAACAGGAGAUUGACAUGAAAGAGGAAAAUUACACACGCAUGUUGGGGACGCUGGGACACCAAUUCACUCUUUUGGCCGUGCUGGCUGCCAACCAGUUGAAAGAAUGGCCCGCACCAGCAACAUCAUCACUCAAGCCUCUUCCUCCCCCCACGGCGAGGAAACGACCUUUUGUUCGAACGUUUUUUCGUUGGGGUGCGAAUUCGAGUGAAGUACCAGCUAGAAGCGGUGGUCAGAUGGUUAACGCUCCCAUAACAAAAGAACCCAAGGCUUCUGUAGGUUCUCAACGCUCACUUGCCAACUUGGACACCGCGGAAUCGACCCAAGUAACACCAAGUACAACACGUUCAUCCGACUCACUUGCCCCGUCGUCGUCAGAUUCGAUGCAGCAGAAUCGUUUGGGGUGUAGUCUUGGUGGGAUUCCGCAUAUUUCUCCCCCAGUGAAUAUGAAGCACAUGGUACAUGUGGAUCAUGAUUGGAUUAGAGGGCAUCAUCAUGGAAUCGGGGAUUCAUCCAUCUGCCUGUUUCCAUGUGUACUUCAGUCAAACAAUUACGAAGCCAUCACUCGUGAUCGUUUGCAACAGCUCUGUGACCUCCCAGUUGGGUCCAAAAAACACCCCUGUCCAAAUGAUCUCCACCAAACCACGCCCACGGAUCAACCUCACACGCUGACACAACCGUACAGACCACCAAACCGCGACUCCCCUUCGGUCGAUGCUCCCACAAUCGAUCGGCACAUGAGCCACCAGUGGUCUGGUGGUUCAGAACGUGCUGGAACACACUCUUUAAAAAACCCCACUUCACGUUCUCAACCUUCUGUAGACCAUCUCUUCAGCGUACGCAAACCACUCCCGAAGGCAUACCGGGCCGCGCCAAAGACCUUACGCAAAGUUUCACCGACUGUUAUCACCGGUACGACCGUUGGUGCCGAUCCCGGGGAUAUAUUUUCUCGAACUAGCUCUCGAUCCUGUGGAUACAGCAACUUUUUCACUCCAGUGUCCGGGUCAGAAGUGGACUCACCUGUUGGGGCCACACGUGGUUCUGUUGACUUGUGGAAUGCUAAAACUCAACCUCGCGUGAUCGACAAUCGAAGUUCCUUACAUACUCGUCGGGCUGCGACUAUUGGUCGAUCCGUUGCGCUUCAGGUUGACCAUGACCUUCAACCAGCGAGUGGUUCCAACAGAUUAGAUUCGUCUGAUCGACGCCGUUCGGCCUCUGGACCCAUUCUUUCGAGUAACUUGGUGAACCAGAGCGCUACGUGUUUCCCUGGGGAGCCCCAAUCGUGCCGGUGUAUUCAUCGAAAUGUGCUUACAGCAACUGAUGAGUUGGUCCGUAUGCUUUCAUCGUUGGAUCCCCCGACUCUUUCGACGAUCACCAAUCGCCCCCCUCCCUCGUUCGAACAAGGUUGCCCACCUACAGAAGACGACUCCAAACGCUGUAUCAGAAACUCCGUUGAGACCGCGUUAUGGUCUGCAUUCCGUCUCGCCGUGUCCAUAUCCUAUCUGCCGCAUUUGGAAGCGGACUUAGCAGGAAUGCAGGACAGCGGCCGAACCCCGGGCGCUUCCUUCGCUACGUCCAAUUCAGACAGUGUUGGCACCACCGAUUUUAAAAACUUCACCACUGGCUCCAUCAUAGCCAAUGAAGAACACACAUCUUCACAAAUGCGCCAACGCUUUCAUAGGAACCCCCAGAGACAGCCUGUUCGUCCUGGAGGACUAUUUCACCCGAGAUUCGGUAACAAGUGCGCCGCGUCCAAACUAUCUGCUUCCAGUUCGCGACCCCCCUUCGGAACUUCGGCCUUUGAUUCUCGGUUGCGAAUUCAAAGUGUGGAUCGGCUUGGUCAACCCAAUGUGUACUUGUGUGUGCGCUGCCGCCAACCAGCAGUUCUCGCCGAGUUGUCCGGUGACUCGAGAAUUGACCAUCAGGCGGAGUUUGGAGAUCCUCAUUCCCCUUUUCUCGGAAUGCUAGCUGGUAGCGGUCGUAGACCGACAGCAUCCUCUUCAAGCAGCAACACGUGUCAGGAGUCGUCAGCAGCUGUGGUGCAUACUUUUUCAAACUCUCCAACUCCAUCACCCACCGGCGCUCUGUUUGCGUAUCCCCCUUGUUGGGCAUGUGUCCGGCAACCCUUACCGCCACGCGGUAUGGCACAGCGCCAGAUGGAUCAGACAUUCACCCCCUCUUGUCGCCUGCAUACCCCAUCGAACCUGUGUUACUUAUGUGCAGUACGUGGUGCUCAGCUGCAUACUCCAUCCCAUUCGAGUUCCGAAGUUGCCUCCAAUCUUUCCUCUCCGUCAACCGAUGAACAUAUUUGUUAUGACCAUCCGCCGACGGACUAUUCGAAUCAUGCUCGUUCUCUUUCCACCUAUUCCCACACUGCGACAGCAGUCACCACCAGGCCAUUUACUCCAGUUUUAUCCCCGACAACUGCGGACAGUUGUCGUCACCAUCCGCAACAACAGCAGCUGUAUUCUCAUCCUGGCCGCCAUCACUCGACAACAUCUUGCUGGGCGAAUGCAGAUCUUGACCGGCUUCGACCCCCAAUCACAGCACAACGAAUCGGAGCGCAACGAUCGUUCGACUUGGGUGUAUCCAACACUAGAAAUGCUACUGUACCAUCAACGGGUCAACGACAACCGCCGUUGGAUCAUGUCAAGGCGGAUUCGCACCCGUCACUGUCAUUCACUUCGUACAAUCCAGUUGCGCACUCUCGGGAUGCCUACUUUAAGGCAACGCAAGACGGCUAUCUGAAUCCGACCGUGCCAGCGAUGAGUCCGCUAUCCACGGGCCAUCCCGAAGAGUUUCAAUCACCUUGGGAUGACACUACCAAGGUUCGGUCACGUUUACACUCCCUCGACCAUCGCCUCCGAUGGCGACCCACCGACGAAGACGAGGUUGAGAAACAUCCGAGUGGUCAAGCUUCCGGUGAUUCUGACGACUCGGAUGGUUCUUUCAACGGAUUCCGCCAAGUUGGCCACAAGGGACACUUACGCCAACAAGAUGAGGAUGGCUUAACUUUGGUACCGACAGACGGUUUGGACGGUGUUGCGUGCGUCUUAAACGAGAAAGAUCAUUCGUUACAUGUUAACGGCGACCCGGUUGGAGCCUGCUCUUCAAGGGUUCAUGAGCGAUCGGUACCGAAGACCUCAGUGUCCCGUCGCCUUUUAUAUCGUUCUCCGGCUAUACGCAGUGCUCGUAAACCAACUUUUCUCUCGCUGGGUCACUAUCGGUCUCGACCUGACUGCUUUCGGCUACCCUGGCCACAAAACACAUCCAGCAGUCCGGCCGAUUCUCCGGAGAGACAGAAAGAAAGCCCUUGCGGUCCUUUUGUAUCCGAUCACGCAACUCUUUUGUGAAUGGAUUGUGGAUAUACCCCGUCUGUUGGAAAGGUGGAUCAGUCAUGUGCUUUACCGUUCCAAUUCAAAUUCAAGCUACUGUGAUGUUUCCAUGGUCUUUUUCCGCAACCUUUUUAUCUUUCGUGCAUUUAAUGGUCAGACUAAACGUUCACUCCCUUUUAUUUUUUACACUUCUGCUCUUAAUCUCCAUCAUUUAUCGUCUCCUUGGUCCUCAAUACACUUUUGCUCCAUGAUCCCCGUAUCUCUUCAUUGUCAUCCACGAACCUGUCUCUAUGAAGUAGUGUCACCUGUCUUUCUUCAAAUCUAAUCACUUGUGUCGUUUUUUCCUAUUACUCUUUAAUCUAAUGGUUUUCCGAUGAGAAUAUCGACUUUACUCCUCUGACCUCCAUUGCCUCCCGGUUCUGCGACACCGUACAUCGGUGCUAGUGGCCUGUAGCCCGUAUGGUUUCCUGGAAUUCACACUUUCUACAUAUCAUCCGUGAAGUCGCGAACAGGCUCGCCGUGCAAAACAUGACAAACUCGUGACCAGUACCCAUCGUUUCUCAAAACCCUGCAUCUGUCUGUACCUGCGCGACAACCCUCACCUCUGCCUCCCCCACUAGAUGGUUUGUCUCCUGGCUUCCUACUAAUAUCAUACAUACACUUAGCCGAC